AAGAAAAAACAAUUUUUUUUUAAUUUUUUUUUGUUGUUUUUAAUUUUUGCUUGAUCUGUAUUUGUUUGCAUUUUAAGCAUAGUGGAAAUGUAGAAGAUAAUUAAGAUAACAAUGGCUUGCAAACAGGUGUUUGAUCUGAAGGAGAAAUUGAGAUUUGAUCUGAGAGUAUUCUGUUACAACAAACAUGAAAGGAAUAGCCUUUUCACCCGCAAACUCCCAUAGCUUCUUUAAUAGAUCUCACAGCGCACCCAGAAGAUCGUCAAUAAGCACGAAACCAAUUCAAUUCGUCAAGAACCAAAACCAAAAUCAAAACCCAUCAACCAAAACUCACUCAUUUCCUUCAUUUGUACUUAAAUCCUCCAAACACCCUCCAACACCAGUUAAUCCGGAAGCCAACGCCCCGCCGCUUGUUGUUGUUGGCUCGGCCAAUGCUGACAUCUAUGUUGAAAUUGAGAGACUACCCAGAGAAGGAGAGACCGUCUCAGCCAAGAGUGGGCAGACACUUGCAGGUGGGAAGGGAGCCAAUCAGGCAGCUUGUGGUAGUAAACUCUCAUACCCAACGUACUUUGUGGGGCAGGUGGGUGAGGAUGCACAUGGGAAGUUGAUCAUUGAGGCGUUGAGAAAUGGAGGAGUUCAUCUUGAUUAUGUAAGGCAUGUUGGUGAUGUGCCUACUGGGCAUGCUGUGGUGAUGCUUCAGUCUGAUGGGCAGAACUCUAUUAUCAUUGUUGGUGGAGCCAACAUGAGUUAUUGGCCUGAGAAACUGAGCGAUGAGGACUUGGCGGUAAUGAGGAAUGCUGGUAUCCUUUUGCUUCAAAGGGAGAUCCCUGAUUCCGUAAAUAUCCAAGUUGCAAAGGCUGCGAAGAGUGCUGGUGUUCCUGUCAUUUUCGAUGCUGGGGGAAUGGAUGCACCUAUACCCUUGGAACUGUUGAAUGUUGUUGACAUCUUCAGCCCAAAUGAAAGUGAACUUGGACGUAUAACUGGCAUGCCUACUGAAAACUUUGAACAAAUUGGUCAGGCUGUUACUAAGUGUCAUGAAAUGGGAGUCAGGGAAGUCCUAGUGAAACUUGGGGUCAAAGGAUCAGCUUUAUUUGUAGAAGGUCAAAAACCAAUUAGACAACCUAUAAUACCUGCUGCAAGAGUCAUUGACACUACAGGUGCUGGAGAUACUUUUACUGCUGCUUUUGCCGUGACUUUGGUGGAGGGCAAGACAAAAGAGGAGUGCAUGAGAUUUGCUGCGGCAGCAGCUUCUCUUUGUGUUCAAGUGAAGGGAGCAAUUCCUAGCAUGCCUGACCGGACAUCAGUUCUGGAUCUUCUUCAAUCUGUUAGGGCAUCCUUUUGAUGAAAUGCAGAGCAGAGCUUAUUUUCAGAAGUAGUAAUAAAAAAUGUGUUUCUAGACUCAGAGCCAAAAGCAAAUAGCAUUACAAGAUAUGUUGGAACAGAGCCUGGAUGGCUAUUUGUUUUAUGCAUUUUAUUUUAAGGCAAAAAGGGGGAGGGAGAAAGAAAAUGCUUUUUGGUUAGUUUCAAAUUGUAAGCAUGUGUGCAUAAGCAGUUCAGAAGAAUAUGCAACUUGCUCAAACUAGCAUAUGGCCAUUAGCCUUCUCUGGUUGACUUCAUAGUUUGUUGUUUCCUAAAAGAGUGGUUUGUUUAUUUAUUUCCUUCAUUCUCCCCUCUAAAACGGGAGCUUGUGAUUCAUUCUUUUUUAACCUUCAUUUCUGUUACAAUGGAGGAACAUGACUGGCUCCUUCUCUAUGCAUUCUUUAGAAGAUAAAUAUAUAUACAUGAUUUUAUAAAUAAAGGUUCAAUAACUUAAUUAGGGAA